CCGCCAUAGUUGCCCGCCUCCCGCGACCUAACGUCUUCGCCGCCGGCUCCGCGCCGCCGCCAUGGCCGACGUGGAAGACGGCGAGGAGACCUGCGCCCUGUCCUCUCACUCCGGGAGCACAGGCUCCAAGUCGGGGGGCGACAAAAUGUUCUCUCUCAAGAAGUGGAACGCGGUGGCCAUGUGGAGCUGGGACGUGGAGUGCGAUACGUGCGCCAUCUGCAGGGUCCAAGUGAUGGAUGCCUGUCUUAGAUGUCAAGCGGAAAACAAACAAGAAGAUUGCGUUGUGGUGUGGGGAGAGUGCAACCAUUCCUUCCAUAACUGCUGCAUGUCCCUGUGGGUGAAGCAGAACAAUCGCUGCCCGCUGUGCCAGCAGGACUGGGUGGUGCAGAGAAUCGGCAAGUGAGCGCGCCCAGGCCUUCCCGGUGCCCUCGUGUGGAGCCCUGCUGGAUCUCUCCCAAGUGCCCUAUGAGGCUGCAGCACAGCAGGGUCUAACUCUCCACCUAGGAGGCGGUGGGGCUGUGGGCCUGCAGGACUCACCAGAGGCCUGGGUUAGCAUUUUGUCAGUUUUAUGUUCAGAAAUUCUUGACAGUUAAUAUAAUUUAUUAAAGAUGGUCUUUCCUACCUCUGUGGUGUGUGUCGUGCACACUGUUUAGAAGUGCUAUUAAAGAGCAGAGAACGCCAGCCGAAUGACCUUUAUAACUUACCUGUUGACAUACAACAGGCAGUGGAGGCAGUCCAUUCGGAGGAGAGCUUUUUUGCAUGCCUUUUAUUGAUCGGUUUUCAAAAAGAAAAUGUAACAAAUAAAAUGCAGUUUAAAACCUAGCUCUUAUCCCUAAUUUGUUCCUGGUUUUUUUUGUGAUGGAAAGAAGGGAGAUAGUCUGAAAUCUUUUCUUAUUUCAUAAAGUAAAAAUUCUAAGUUUGGACCAGUGAACGGGAUAAAUAAAAUUUGAACCUUUGGUUGGCUGUUAAGUCAUCAUUCUCCAUCUUUGACUCAUCAAGAAAACCUAGAUAAGCACUUUCCUCACCAUUCAACCAUCAAGUGGUGAAAGGAUUUUUUUUUUGUUGUUUGUUUUUUGUUUUAAUUUUUAGAAGUAUUUUCUAGUUUUUUGGUCAGAUGAUGUUUUAAUUUAACUGUGUUUUAGGUAAAGUGUUUAUGAGGGGGCAAUGUUUACCAAUGUAGCAUUGGAUCAAAAAAGUUUAUUUUAUUGCCUAAUGUUUCAAUAAAUGGUUUAUUCUGGUAUCUUA